AUGAGCGGACUGUACAUGGACUACAUAUUCAUAAUGGCAGUCAGUUGGAUCGUUUUGGAAUUCAUCUCGAAUUGCUGUCUCAAGCAAUCCACCUUCAAACGUGCUCCUCAAAAAAUCUACCUGUGGCUAGUAAUUUAUUACGCGAACUUGUUGUUUAUGGUAUUGCAUUUAGUCCAUUAUACAAUAUUGAUGACGAGUCAUUCAAUUCUACAACACUCAAUACUUUCAUGGACAAAACAGCAUUUUGGACAUUUUUUCCUGAAAUUGAUAUACAUAGCUAUUAUAAGUCUGGAGAUCGCUAUAAUCCACUCGUACUAUAUUUCUGAAAAAAAAAAUAUGCUAAAUGACAUCAUACAACUCAAAUGGAAAUAUGUAUCACGAGGAAAAAUGGUAUCCAAAGGUGUCGAUUAUUCUUCGUCUUCAGCUUUCAAUGAAAGAACAUCUGGCCUAACACAAGGAGGAUCUAGAAUACCGCCGUACAUAACCAAUAUCAUACAGAAUUAA